AUGACCUACAUAGCCAUGGAGAAUCAGACAUCUACAAAGGAGUUUUACAUCUUGCCAUUUUCCAUGAAAUCCAGAUUCAUACCUUUGUAUCUCGCUUUGUUUUCCUUGAUAUAUGUAUUUGGUGUGUUCACGAAUGCAUUCAUAAUAUUUGUGAUAUUUUCUUCUAAGCACCUACACACCCCAAUGUACUACUUUAUCUGUAACUUGUCCAUUGUUGACAUUUUCUAUACCACAAUCACUGUUCCUAAACUUCUGUACAUGAUUAUAUCCAGGAAUACCACAGUAUCCUAUAGAGAGUGCUUCACUCAGAUGUAUUUCUAUUUCUUAGAUGCAAGUGCUGAGGAUAUUUUGAUACUGACAAUGGCAUUUGAUCGGUAUGUUGCAAUUUGUCACCCUUUACACUACCAUCUUAUUCUAAAUAAGAAGAAUUGCAUCUUUCUAGUGGCCGGGAUCUGGUUAGUAGGAAGUUUCAAUUCAUUUGUAAUCACUUUUCAGGCAUCAAACAGGACUUUUUGCCAUUCAAAUAUCAUCCACCAGUUUUUCUGUGAUGGAAAAGCUCUCAUGAACAUUGCCUGUGCUGGUCUGAAUUACAUGUAUACCAUCAUAUAUAUAGAGAUUUUAAUGUUUGGGUUUUUACCAUUCUUUUGCAGUUUGAUGUCUUACAUAAAAAUUAUUAAAGUUGUUUUGCAAAUUAAUUCCAGGGAAGGGCGUAAGAAAGCCUUCUCCACUUGCUCCUCUCACCUCAUUGUCAUUGUCAUGUACUAUACCACCGCUGUGUCUGUCUACAUGAUGCCAAAAUAUUCAGUUGUCCUAGAACAAAUCUGUUCUGUGAUCUACACGAUGGUUACACCCAUGAUAAACCCUCUUAUUUACAGCUUGAGAAAUAAUGAAGUAAAAAUGGCUUUGAAAAAAUUGAUGGUUCAACAAGCAAACAAAGCCUAG